GUAACCGCGCCACUUUUACUUCCAGAUCUGGCUCCAAAAGAGCUUCCAAAUAAAUCAUGUCUUACCGUCUCUGGGUUCGGAUUUCUGUGUUGGAAACGUGGAACUUUACGGGACUUUACGGACAGAGUUAAGAGAAACUUGUGCUGAAGUUUUUUCAGCUCCCGGAGCUCCUGUUGCUGUUCUGACUCUCCGACCACUAUAGAACCGUAAUGGCGAGAAGCUCCAGACUCCCAGCGCCCGUUUUACCUGUUUUUCAUUCCUCCUUCGCCCGGACUAGCGCUCCUACACCGGCCCGGAACGGAGUUCAGGCUUUUAGCUGCUGGUUUGCGGUUCUAUUCGGACUCCUGUGUGCGGGAGUCGGUGUUGCGGACAGCGAGGAGUUUUCGAUCCUGGAGGAAGCGCAAGUGCUGGCGGUUCACAUGAACCUCACCGUGCAGGAGCUCGGGGUUCUCGGCAUGCAGAGAAUCUUCAGCUCCUUUAUGUACACGGAGAAAACUUCAAACGGAGAGACGGAGGUGCAGCAGCUGGCGAAGAAGAUCCGAGAGAAGUUUAACCGCUACCUGGACGUGGUGAACAGGAACAAGCAGGUGGUGGAGGCGUCGUACACCGCCCAUCUGACCUCUCCGCUGACCGAUAUUCAGGACUGCUGCUCCAUCCCACCCUCCAUGAUGGACUUCGAUGGAAAUUUUAACACGAACGUGUCGAAAACCAUCAGCUGCGAUCGUCUCUCGUCCAACGUCAACAGCCGAGCUUUCAACCCAGGACGGGAUCUCAACUCGGUGUUGGCGGACAACCUGAAGUCGAACCCGGGCAUCAAGUGGCAGUACUUCAGCUCCGAGGAGGGCAUCUUCACCGUCUUCCCUGCCCACAAGUUCCACUGCAAGGGCACCUACGAGCACAGGAGCAGGCCGGUGUACGUGACGGCGGUGAGGCCGCAGUCGAAGCACAUGGUGGUGCUCGUAGACCACGGCGCCGCCAUCAGCGAGACGCAGCUCCAGAUCGCCCGCGACGCCGCUCUGGUCGUCCUGAACUCCAUCGACGAGCACGACAAGAUCUCGGUGCUGACGGUGGCGGACGCGGUCCGGUCCUGCUCGCUGGAUCAGUGCUACAAGAGCUUCCUGUCUCCCGCCACCGGCGAGACCAAGAGGAAGAUGAGCACCUUCGUCAGCGCCGUUAAAUCCUCCGACGGUCCUACCCAGCAUGCCCUGGGCUUCCAGAAAGCCUUCCAGCUCCUGAGGAACACCAGCAGCGUCGGUCGACACCACAGCUACACAGACAUGGUGAUAAUCUACCUGUCGGCAGGAAUCACCUCCCGAGACGCGUCCGAGCACGAGAAGAGAGCCACGCUGAACGUGAUCCGAGAGGAGAAUCGCCAUCUCAACAACUCCGUCAUGAUCCUCACCUACGCUCUCAUCAACGAGGGCGUGACGGGGCUGAAGGAGCUGGCGUUCAUGCGAGACCUGGCGGAGCAGAACUCGGCCAAGUACAGCGUCCCGGACCGCGGAGCCCUGCCCGUGGUGAAGGGCAGCAUGAUGGUUUUGAACCAGCUCAGUAACCUGGAGACCAGCGUGGGUCGCUUCUACAUCAACCUACCUAACCGCAUGAUCGACAUGGCCACCUUCAGCCUGCCCUACGCCGACCAGAUGGGCGACGGCUUCAUAAUGACCGUCAGUCGGCCGUGCUACUUCGGGAACCUGCUGCUGGGGGUGGUGGGCGUGGACGUGAACCUGGCGUAUAUUCUGGAGGAUGUGACCUACUACCAGGACUCGCUGGCGUCCUACACCUUCCUCAUCGAUAACAAAGGUUUCACCCUCAUGCACCCGUCUCUGACGCGCCCGUACCUGAUGACUGAAGCCCCGCUGCACACGGACAUCAUCCACUACGAGAACAUCCCGGGGUUCCCCGCUGUUCGCCAGAACAUCCUCAGUUUGCCUCUGGGGAGUCAGGUCAUCUCCGUACCCAUGAACUCAUCCCUGUCCUGGCACAUGAACCGCCUGCGGGACUCCAGACGAGACGCCUACAACGUCAGCUACGCCUGGAAGCUGGUACAGGACACGUCGUUCAUCCUGUGUAUAGUUUACGUUCAGCCCGAGAUCCCCGUCAAGCAGCUGAAAAACCUGAACACGGCGCCCAGCAGCAAACUCCUGUACCACCGCCUGGACCUGCUGGGUCAGCCGGGGUCGUGUCUGCACUUCAAACAACUCGCCACCGUGGAGAGCCCCACAGUGAUGUUAUCAGCCGGGAGUUUCUCCUCUCCGUAUGAGCACCUGAGUCAGCCAGAGACCAAACGCAUGGUGGAGCAUUACACCGCCUACCUGAGUGAUAACACCCGCCUGAUCGCCAACCCGGGCCUCAAGUCGUCUGUCCGGAACGACGUGAUGGCCACCAGUCACGUGACGGACGAAUGGCUGAGCCUGAUGGAGCUGAGCAGCCAGAACUGCUACAUCGUCCGCCGUUACAUAGCAACGCCCAACGGGGUGCUGCGGAUUUACCCCGGCUCGCUGAUGGACAAAGCCUUCGACCCCACCAGGAGACAAUGGUACCUGCAUGCUAUGGCGAAUCCGGGCCUGAUCACCUUCACCGGUCCGUACCUGGAUGUGGGCGGAGCCGGCUACGUGGUGACCAUCAGCCACACCAUCCACGCCCCCAGCUCUCGGACGGCGCCAGGAUACGCGGUGGCGGUGAUGGGCAUCGACUUCACGCUGCGCUACUUCUACAAAGUCCUGCUGGAUCUGCUGCCCGUCUGCAACCAGGACAAGGGCAAUAAGAUUCGGUGUUUCAUCAUGGAGGACAGGGGCUACCUGGUCGCCCAUCCCACCCUGAUCGACCCCAAAGGCCACGCCCCUGCGGAACAGCAGCACAUCACGCACAAGGAACCCCUGGUGGCGAACGAUAUUCUGAACCACCCAAACUUCGUCAAGAAGAAGCUCUGCAACAGUUUUAGCGAUCGCACGGUGCAACGCUACUACAAGUUCAACACCAGCAUUGUGGGUGAUCUGACGAACCUGGUUCACGGGAGUCACUGCUCCAAGUACAGACUGACCCGCAUCCCAGGAACCAACGCGUUCGCGGGUAUAGUGAACGAGACGUGCGAUUCGCUGGCCUUCUGUGCGUGCAGCACCGUCGACCGCCUCUGCUUAAACUGCCACAGAAUGGAGCAGAAUGAAUGCGAGUGUCCGUGUGAGUGCCCCCUGGAGGUGAACGAGUGUACUGGCAACCUCACUUACGCAGAAAACAGGAACCCGAGUUGUGAAGUGCACCAGGAGCCGCUGUCCAUGACGGUGAUCGAUUCCAGUCUGCAGGACACGUUACCUCAGUGCAUCAACACACGCUGCAGCCAGCGCUUCAGCAGCAGCGACUGUUUCGGCGUGCUGGACUGUGAAUGGUGUGUGAUGGACAGCGAUGGAAAGACCCAGCUGGACAAACCCUACUGCGCCCUGCAGAAGGAGUGUUUCGGGGGUAUAGUCGGCGCCAAAAGUCCGUACUUCGACGGCAUGGGUCCGUUAGAUGAAGAGGUGGCGUCUCUGAACAUGGUCAAGAGUGCACCCGUGGGCCCGGUGGCAGGAGGCAUUAUGGGAUGCAUCAUGGUGCUGGUGCUGGUCGUGUACGCCUACAGACACCAGAUCCAUCGGCGCAGCCAUCAGCACAUGUCGCCCCUGGCGGCGCAGGAAAUGUCAGUCCGGAUGUCCAACCUGGACAACGAGCGUGACGAGAGAGACGACGACAGUCACGAGGACAGAGGAAUAAUCAGUAACACGCGCUUCAUCGCUGCCGUCAUCGAGAGACACACACACAGUCCUGAGCGCAGGAGGAGAUACUGGGGCCGGUCAGGAACAGAAAGUGACCACGGUUACAGCACGAUGAGCCCUCAGGAGGACAGCGAGAACCCGCCGUGCACCAGCGAGCCGCUCUCGGCCGGCGUGGACGUGGGCAACCACGACGAGGACCUGGAGCUGGACACUCCGCCCCAGACGGCCGCGCUGCUCAGCCACAAGCUCUACCCGCACCGGCACAUGCACUCGCGCCACCCGCUGCACGCCCACGCGCACCACCUGCAGGCGGCCGUCACCGUCCACAGCGUGGACGCCGAGUGCUAAUGCCCGGAGCUCACGGGGCUCGCCUUCAACGCCACUUCAGUCCCGCCUGGACGCCUCCUCGGGAGGGGGGAGCGGGGCGAGACAGAGACCUCCUGCGGAACUCUUUGUUCUUUUUGUAUGAGGCGUUUUAACGAAGGACGUUUAAAUCCGCGCUCGUUUUAAGUGCCGCCGACUUUAUCUAAGAAGAAGAAGCAGAAAGGAUUAUUUUUCUACUAUUUAUUUAUCUGACACGGAGUGGCUCUCACCAUGAGGAUCUGGUUUCUCAUGACUGGAUUGCAGCGAACGGUGAAUCGGUGGCGCCUGUGUUUUAAAGAAAGAAGAACUAAAACUAAGAAGAACUAAAAAGAAUUUUAGAUAAGGACCGGCAUAUCCGCCGCAUGAGGAACGCUCUCGAGUCGUCCAGCCGUCUCAUUCCUCGACCAAAACUGUUUUAAAGUGACCUCACGAAGCCUGCCGACCACUGUGUAUAAACUCUGGGCGUAAUUUGACCACCCGAGCGAGCGUUUUAUUAUCCUUUUUAUUUUUUGACGCUCAGAUUAGCUUAGCAUUGAUCUGACGUAGUUUUAUUCCCGGCGUGAAACGAAAGCAGGACUCCGCCGCUCUGGUUGCGUCGCUCGCCUUUGUGCUUUUAUGAUUUUAGAGGGUUUAUAAAGUACCUAUUGUUUCCAGAUCGAAAUAAUAUACCGUGUAUAUACACCUGACCUUUAACAACAUGGAUAUAAAUAAGUUCACUUCUCAAAGCC